GGCAAGUAUAGUGUUUACUUCUUACUGAAGGUUCAUACGUUUCCGCUGCGCUUGAGGUUUAUAGCACUCGUGGAUGGGACACGCACUAUCCGAAACCUUUCUAUCGGUAGAGUGAAAUUUGGCACAUGCUAAUGAUUAACAUCUGUCCUUAAUCACAAAAAAGGGUUGGAGGCUGGUCUCGCCCAGCACCUCCCGCCCUCUGCGCUGGUCUUUGUUAACCCAAUUUUCGGGUCAGGCGUCGACAUUUGACAAUUAUCACGCCCACGGUUUCAAAUGUCGCAAACAUAUAGGCCACCGGAAGAGGGCGAGGUCUUCAACACCUUUCACGACCUGGUACAUGCUGCCAUUCUUUGCGCUGGCAACAAGAAGGGCAGUGCGACCCUCAAAGAGAUAUACGCGGCAUGUGUGAACUUUGGUAGAGUUAAGUGCCGAAAGACAGGAGGAUGGCGGUUAGUAACUGACCGGCGCAACUGGAAGAGCCACAUACGACAUACCCUUUACACCACCGAGAAGUUCCUUAGGUGUCCACAUGACCCGGAUUCGUGGAUGCUGGCGCCUGACUUUUCCAACGCGCUGCCCCAGACCACGCGACACCUCCUUCCUUGCAGCAUGGCUGAGGAGGAUGGAAGCGACUUGGGUGCGCCUGCCUUCCACCCCGGCAGGCGUCCAGCCGAGCAGCAAAGGAAGUACCCCCGAACAGCUGGAUACGCUGGUGCAUCACACGCGGGAGGCCGCAACCGCAGGUACUACGCCGGGGAGGGAGCGGACGCCUGGCACCCAGCCGCUGCGGACUACCCCACGUACGACGAGGGGUACGGCAGUCACUACACGGAUGGAGUGCCGUACGGCGGUUAUUCUGAGGAGGAGGCGGUGGGCGAGGAGGAUGAGUACGGUGAUGAAGUGGGGCAGGGGGGCGGCAUGGAGGAGGAUGAGGAGGGCGAUGUGGGUCGGGGCUUGGGCGCGGCAGCGCGCAUGGGUGGUGGCGGCGGCGGCAGACGCGGCGGGGCUGCAGCGGCGGCGGGUUACGGAGUGGGAAGCGCUUCGCGGCGCGCUCAGGCGCUUCUUGGGGUGACGGCGGCGGUGGAGGCGGCAGCAGCGGCCGAGGCAGCGGCAGCAGCUGAGGCAGCAGCAGCAGCAGCGGCGGCGGCGGCGGCUGUAAGGGUGGAGGAGGAGGAGUUGGACGUGAGGGAUGAGGAGGCGCGUACGGCACUGCUUGCGGCUCAGGAGGUCCUCAACAACCCCGCGGCCGCCAGGAUCCUGCUGCGCCUGGUGCAACAGCGCCAGCAGCAGUUGCUGCAGCUGCAGCUCUACCCUGACCCACAUCAGCUACAGCAGCAGCUGCUGAUGCUGCAGCAGCAGCAACAACAUCCACAGCAGCAGCGACGCCAGCAGCAGGGACUGCUUGCUUCGGUCCCCGCUAUCAGGCGGCCCCGUACACGGGCUCCUUACCCAGAGGAGAAUGGGAACGGAAAGCAGAGGGAGAAGGAGGAGGCUGAGGGGCAGCAGCAGCAUUCCCCACAGGAUUACGCAGGCCCCAAGCGGCCAGCAACGGAGGACAACGCGCUCAAAUCUGAGCCCGGCCAGCAGCAGCACCCGCCGCUUCUGCACGUCGCUACUGCGGACGACGAUGUCGCCGCCUUUCUGGCUUCGAACGCCGGCGUCGCCACAGCCGCCAGCAGCAAGGCCUUUCCCGGCUCGAAGCACAGACCUGAUGCCGGGCCAGGACCUGGGCCCCCGCCGGCGUCGCCGCCUCGCCCGCCUCACUCCAUUGAUAUGGUGCUGCAUGGGGCGGAUUUAAUCGCCUAUCUGAAGUCCCAACACCCGCCGACGGCUGCUGCUACUGCUGUUGCUGCUGUUGGUAGUGCCGUGGACGCAGCUCCAGCGCUGGAGAAGGAGGGAACCUUGCGCGCCGGCACCGCCGGCUUGGAGGAGCCGACGGAACGACCGGAGGAGGGUGCUUCCGUCGCCGCUGCCUCUGCUCGUCCCGUCCUGCCGUCAGGCAGCCAUCGAGCUGUGGAUCCCGCACUCGUCCCGUCAGAUACAGCAGCAGCCGCGCAUGGGGACGGCACCGAGACCACCGCGCUUCCCGAGGGCAACCCCGCCAUCGGUCAGUCGCCGCCCUCGCCGCAGCUGCUGUUCGCCGUGGAGGCUGCCCUGCAGCUGCACCUAGCUACCUCCGCUGGCGCUGCCGCUGUUGUUCCUGUUGCUGCUGUAACGGCCGCCGGAGGACGUGCUCCGCUGGCUGCCGAUGUGGACUUUCAGGGAGCAGGAAGGGAGCAGGAGGGUGUGGCCGGUAGGCAGACGGCACUGGGUAAGCGUCGCGCGGCUGACAGCAACCAUAGCAGCGGCAGCGGUGGCAGCAGCCUCGGGGAGGAGAAGGAGCAGCAUACCGGUGCUGCUGAGGAGCCGCAACCGAAGCAGCAACGCGGCCUAGCUGAGCUGCCGGGCGGACAGCACCCGCACGAGCAGCAGCAGCAACAGCAGCAGCGGGAGAAUGGCCUGCCGCAGCAACUACCGUUACUUUCCCUACAGACGGCAGCGCUGGAGAUUGGUGGUUUGAGCGUCCUGGCGAACGGUGGGCUGCAGAGCUUUGGCCUGCAACAAGCGCUGGGUCGCUCGCCGGUGGCUGCAGCAGCGGCGGCGGCAGCGCCUGCUGCAGCUGCUGCCUCGGCUGGGGCAGGCGGCGGCGGCGGCUCGAGCAGCAGCUACCUGGUUUACUGAGCGGCGCUGGCUGUUUAUCUUUCUGGAUGUCGCUGUGCCAGCAGCAGCGGGGCAUGCGCACGCUGUAGGUCUCUUGCAGCAGAUCUCCUUGUUGGAUACCAGUAUUGCCUUUCCGCGUGCGUGAACUGACUAUGAUCCGGCAUGCAUAUUCGUAUGCGUGCGCUGGGGGCGCGCGAUGGCUGCUGUGUGGUGGCUGGGUUGCAUGGAUUGACGCGUUGGCGGGUUGCUUGGUUGGGAGGGCCUCAAUAAGAGCAUGUUGCAGCUCAUUCCCCAUGCGAUGUGGCUUUACUGGUUUUGGACCUUGUGGCGCUUGAGACAUGGAAAGGGCGGACAACGGCUUAUACUCCUCACUCUUGUGACUAAUUUGUAUUACAACUUUUGAGCUACCGUGACCGAGUGACGUUCCGCGCGUGCGCAUUAAUUAAUUCUAUCUCGACACUUGUAGUCGCCUUACCUGGUCUGGUGUGGGGCGUGUGUGUAGGGGUGGCAGCUGCUCCGUUUGGUUUCCCCUAAGGAGCCAGGAGGGAUGGUUGGAUGGGCUUGAUGCUUGACGUUCGCCGCAUUCGGCUUGACUCCGACGCGCCAGAUGACAGCAAGAACCGGCGGCCAUUGCCUUUGAGCGCUGCAACAGCAUCAACUCACGUAACCGCCGUGAAGACGGCUUUGUUGCGAACCAGACUCGGCGGUGUGUGUAGGGUACAUGGCUGUUGCUGUGAACACCCAUGAUGACGCUUACUUUGGUUAGCUUUGCCGCAAUUCGCCGGCAUUGCAGAAUACAUCAACCGGGAUAUACAGCCACGCGCUCUUUCGUGUGACGUGCUCGCACCCCAGGCUGCCCCCAGGCCCUUGGGGGACACCCUUCUCCUGUUAACCCCCUUCCAUGCUGCCCCUCUGCUGGCCCCCAUGCUGCUUCAAGGCUGCCCGGGCAACGUGGUGCUGCGUGACAGUGCAUGUGCUAACCGAGCUUGCAAUGACGACUGGGUGGCUUGUUUUCCUGCGUGUUUAGAGCGCUGUGCUGUCAAGCGUCGGACUCUAGUAGUGUUGUUGAAGCGGCGCCCCCGUCUGGGUGAAGGCGUCUGAGUAAGACUCCCACAAUCUGGGUCUUGCAUCCACAACGUUUCGUUAGUUUACGGCUGACGUCCCAGUAGCAGCGGUUAGGACCUGUUUAGGUGGAGCUUGACGGUGUGUCCUCAUCAGUUGGUUUUGGAACUUCUGUCGCCUGCUGGGGCCAUCUCGCAUGGCGCCUGUCGUUAAGUCCCAGAGAACGCACUUCUUCUGUGGCAUGCUGUACUUGGUGACAUGCCGCACCCCAAAAACACCGGAAAUCCGGAAUCCACCAAACACCGGAAUCAGCAAGGGUCAUUGGGAGAGAGAGGAGGCCAGUAAUCAAUGCG